AUGGCUGACAGCACGUUGAGCCAUCUCAACUAUGGCCAUGCUGGAACAUCUACAUUUGAUAUCGAUACACAAAACUGGGCGUUUGCUCGUCAGUUCACUGCGACAACACUGAAGCAGAUCGGAAUACGUGAUCGAAACUCCAUCGACGCCAUACGGGCACCUGUGCAGCUUGCGAAUACUGGAACCACGACUCGGCAGACUGACGCCAAACACAAUGCGAAAGCCCUCUUUCGCAACUACCCUCAGCUCACCCCAGCAAAUGACCUGCUACCAGACCUUGCUGCUACCUCGGCUGCUGUACUAUCCGCGACAUACAAGUACGACCCACUGGUUGGCAGUCUGUACUCCACGGGCUCGAUCACCUAUACCGACAGUAGAUCGUACAAAUGGGACAAUCCUCGUCGCAUCGCAGCCACAGUCUCUGGUGAGGCUGGAAACAUCUUGCGCAUCGCUUUCCUCUAUCAGGAGGCAAUGGGCUGGGGAAACGACAAAAGUGUCUGGAUUAGAGGCGACACGCUGAGGAAUACCGAAACCGGGUACUGGAACGAGCAAGCAGCGCCGAUACAGCAGGUUUGCUUUUCGCAGUCAGAAGACAGAAGCACGUUGCUUGCUGUCCGAAUGCUCACCAAAACGAUCAUCUUCCGACCCUUCUAUUCGCAACGACCCCAGCCUGCUGCGAAUUCACAAUACUACCACCUCCCACCCUCGCUCAUCAACGCGCAUCCAAUCUUGACUCUGGAGAACGAAGAGACAGGGGGUACACCCCAUGUGGAUGUUACAUUCAAUCCCGACUUUCAGCUGCAGUUCGCUGUCGUCGACCAGAACCACGUCUGGAGCGUCUGGGACAUUGAUCAGAAGCGGAAAAGCACCGAAUACAAGCUAUCAUGCUUAAUACAGGGCACUAUCGCACCGGCAGACGACGAAGAGAUGGUAGCAGAGGAUGGCUGGGCAAGGAUACUCUGGGUUGGAGAUGUUAAUACCGUCCUGGUGUGCAAUCGAAGGCAACUCAGCAUAAUUGGAAUCGAGGGCACUUCUUUCGCAUACCUUCCGUGCCCUUCCGUGAUCUCUCCACGAUCAAAUGACUGGAUAUUGGACGCCAAGAAACACCCAUUGUUACGUGGUCGCUUCUUCAUCCUCACAUCAACCGAAUUGUGCCUGAUGGCAGUGACCACACCAAGCGAAGCAGUAGAUUUGGCUGUUGGUCCAGUGGGCGCCCGCGUCCUUCUCUCUUGGCGGCAUUACAGAGGGGCUGAGGAUUUUACACUCAAUAUCAGCCUCUCAAUGCUGAAUGAUGACGGUUCGUGUGUUGUCUCUCUUUGGACAUACAUCGUCGACAAUGCGACCUCUAGCUCUGGAGUGCUUGGCUCGAGCUUUGAUCCCACCUAUCUUGACCUUGCCGUGGACGGACCCGGUCAUACUCUACAAGUUACUAUGGAGCCUUGUCGGUUUCAAGGUGAUAUUUCUUCGAGCACACAAGGUCAAGGGCGCACAUACCUUGCUCAAGGCUUCACAUUCUACAAAUUGUUCAUGCUUCGAUCUGACCUGAGCGUGCAUGAGUCGAUCAUAUAUGCUGCAUCAUCGGCAGGCAGUAGCACGGUUGAGAAUGAUCAUACUGUGGAAGAUCUGAUCUGGACUAGAAUCUAUCGGCCCAGGAAGGAUGUGCGGACGAUAGGAGGCAUCCAAGAGAUGGACGAUUUUCUUGAACCCGAGGGCAUUGAAGCAACAGAGGAGCCUGUGUCAAAACUUCGAUUACAGGUACCGACCUUAAACAAUGGCAAGCAAGCAGAUUUCGCCAAUCGUGCAGUGGAUCACAGAUCACUUUACGAUGCGUUGACUGGGAACGACAUUGGUGAGGAGGAGAACGGAGGGGCUGUGGACGUUCCGAGCGUGGUCAUUCAACAUCAGGGAAUGGUCAUAAGCUCCACUAAUAUUCCACAAGUGCCACUUGGGACUCUCCUCGAGAUUGCUGACAACAAGCUCAACGUGUCCGAUGUUGAUGAGGCUUCCUCAUCGUUACAGCAGUACCUGGACAUAGAAGCGCCUGGUGCCGAAGUCGAAGUGCGCUUCGUCGCCAGUACCCACCUGCUACAGCUUGGUGAGGGUCAACAGCCUACUAUCUCAACCUUAUAUGAUGUGAUCCUCCAGAAUUGGAUCGCACCGCUGCCUCCACACGUGCCUAAGCGCGUGCGCCAACAUAAAGAACGACUCGCCCGACGCGUCGCGGCGGAGGUGAUGCUAGCUAGCACGCGCACUUUUCAACGAGAGACAGAGACUACGGCCGAAGAAACCCAACCAGCUCUCAACCUAGACAAUGGACUAGCCCUACCAAUACUGUCCUCCCAACCUGUUGGAGGCAGCUCUCAAGAGUGGGCAUCUUCGCAACCACUGCUUACACCACCACCCUCACAACCGCAGCCUUCGCAGUCGCAAACAACCACGCCAUCUUCUCAACACUUGGCUUCGCAAAAUCCUUCUUCUUUUACAAUUUCCACCGUGGCUGAUCCGCUAAACCGCUUGCGCAAGCAUCUGAAGUUCAAUGCGGAUGCAAUCCCAGAAGAUGCCAUGCCAGACGGCGUGAAUCGCUUGUUGUCCCAAUGGCAGCCCGGUGCCGACCCACGAACAUACGACUGGGACGCCUCUGAACGCGCAACUCGCCUCGAGACAGCUGAUGGUGACGACCCAGAACAACUAGAAAAAGCACGAAGGAGGAAAGAACGUCGCGAAAGAAUGCAGAAGCGUCAAAAUGAGCUCGCACAGGCGCAGGUCUCAAGUCAACCCUUCAGCCAGCCGUUCACCUUUGUCAAGCCCACUGUAUUUUCUAAAAGCUCUCCAGGCCCCAUGCGCGAAGCCACAAGUCAGCAUGUUCCGCUCCCAGGUGCAAGUUCUCAGAGUCAAGGAUUUGGCACGUUUCCGUUUCCAAUGCAGAGUCAGGUGGAGCCAGGCAAAUUUGGCGGAAGACUAGACAAGAAGAAGAAGAAGAAAAAUGGGAGAGUCAUCGUCAUCGGAACGGGAGGAAGGAACGGGUGGGGCGCGAGGCGGGGUAGCUUCACUGUUAGUUACAGCUUCGAGCUUGGAAUUGCGGAUGCGGAACCUCACCGCGAAUAUCAAAUACCAACUAUCGGAUCAAGACACAUAUAUCUCAACCCAAUCUUUCAAAAUCUCAAUCCCAUCACACAAUCCUUCACCAUGCCAUCAGAUUUCCCCACCCUCCAGCCCGCCUUCACAGUCCGCGUCACCAUCGACGCGCCCAUGUCUGUGGGCGGACAAGCUGGCUCCCAGCUUGUCAUCGUGCCGAUGGUCAGCGGGACAGUCAAGAGCGAAGAUGGCUUCGAGCCGAAACUGAACGGAGAAUUACACGGCGUAGGAUACGAUUACAUCCAGAACGACGCAUCGGGCUCACACAUGCGUCUCGACGUGCGAUCUCAGGUCAAAACCGAUGACAACACCAUCCUGGCAAUGUACUACAAAGGCAAUGUCAAGCUGACUGAGGGCGUCAAAGCCAUCUUGUCUGCCUCCCCUGACGCCAAGACUACGGAGUUUGGAGAUAGCUUUGUGACAUUUAGCUUUGAGACGGGGAGUGAGAAGUACAAAGAUUUGCAGAAUGGGACGUAUGUGGCGGCGGGCAGGUUUGUUGUCGGGGAGGGCGAGGGGACGGUGGUGGAGUAUAAGGUUAGCCGGGUUGGGGCUUAGGAUGGGGGAAGUGUGUAUGAAGGUAUCUAUAUAUACUCAUUUCGCUGAUUUUUAGCGAGUGCUUUCGUUUGCAGC